AGAGACGAGCGGUCCGGGCGCGCGCUGCUGUCAGUCCUGUGCGCUGCGCUCGCGCUGUCACCGUCAGGCUUUGAUCGAUGCCGUGACUUCACAUCGCCGCGUUUCACUUUACAGUCAAAACGGACUUUAUAGUGUGUUCAGUAGUUUAAUCCACUUCCCAGUUCUUCUGAAACCUAAAACACUUUUGUGAUCCGUUUUUCAAUUUAAAGCAAAAGUUAACUCUCAGAGAUCAUGGCCACUUCGGUUCCUUUGCUUCCUUCAGCGCCGCUCGCGCAUCACGCGCCUCCUCCGAUUUCUAUCUCCGCUUCGGCCGGUGGCGGCUCCUCGAGCCCGGCGAGUCUGUCUCCGUCGCCGUCAUCGCUCGCGCCCUCGGCGGCUUCCAGCCUGUUCCGCUCGGACCUGCUGCCUUCUGCGAGUCCGGCUCUCCCGGUGGGCAGCGCGCCGCACAAGCCCGCAUAUGCCACGCCGUCUCCGGUGGAGAGCACGCCGCGCAACAACGAGUGUCGCCUGGUGGAGGUGCGCGGCGCGCGCCUCGCCUCGUUCUCCGUGGACGGUCGCGAGCUCAUCUGUCUCCCGCAGGCGUUUGACCUCUUCCUCAAGCACCUGGUCGGCGGUUUGCACACCGUGUACACCAAGCUCAAGCGGCUGGAGAUCACCCCGGUGGUGUGCAACGUGGAGCAGGUGCGCGUGUUGCGCGGGCUCGGCGCCAUCCAGCCCGGUGUGAACCGCUGCAAGCUCAUCUCGCGCAGAGACUUCGAGGUGCUCUACAACGACUGCACCAACGCCGGCUCCAGACCUGGCCGACCUCCGAAAAGGACCCAGAGUGUGACGUCCCCCGAGAGUCCACACAUCCUGCCCCACUCCGUCUCUGGACUCAUGUCCUCAGGAAUCAUGUCUCACACAGGUCUGACAGCUGCUACUUUGGCCGAGGCCAUGAAGAAGAAGAUUAAACUGGAGGUUUUGAACAGUUACCACGCUACUAACAACCAUGGCGCAGACCCUGAGAACGGAGACCUCAACUCAGGCAUGGCAGGUUUGGAGCUGCCAUUCAUGAUGAUGUCACACCCUCUGAUUCCUGUAAGCCUGCCCCCUGCUUCGGUCACUAUGGCAAUGAAUCAGAUGAACCACCUGAGCACCAUCGCCAGCAUGGCCGCCACCGCUCAGGCGCAGAACGACUCGAGCCGAGUGGCCACCUCCGUCAUUAAGGAGCGCGUGCGAGACAGUCCAUCCCCAUCUCCCUCUCUGGAGGACGGCCGCAGGUCAGGGAGUCAUGCGUCCUCCAGGCAGAGCAGCAGCGUGUCCAGUUCUCCUGCUCACACCGAGAGCUCGUCUGAUCGGCCGUGUACGUCUGUACACACUUUUCAAACAACGCUGAAGGCUUCCCUACUCCAAACUUUUCUAGCCAAGUGUAUGAAAGCUGUGCAUCAGAAUGGCCUUUCCUUGGGUCACGCUCUGUUAGGCCUGUCUCCCAACGCACCCCCGGGACCAAAAGAGGGAGAUCUGGCAACCCAGGAUGCUGGUCAUGACUCUAGGAGGACGCAUGCAGAAAAGGAAGACAGCGUAUUGUGUACACCCACAUCUCGCGAGACCUACGAGCGGGUUUCUCACACCAUCCCCACGCUUCCUCCAGGCUUCCCCGCACCGCUGCUCUUCCCAGAGGGCCUGUCUUCCAUAGAAACUCUCCUCACUAACAUCCAGGGUCUGCUGAAAGUGGCUAUAGAUAACGCCCGGGCGCAGGAGAAGCAGGUGCAGCUAGAGAAGACAGAGCUGAAGAUGGAGCUGUAUCGGGAGAGGGAACUCCGUGAGACUCUGGAGAGACAGCUCUGCGUGGAGCAGAAAAACCGAGCCCUGAUCCAGAAGCGACUAAAGAAAGAGAAGAAGACAAAGCGGAAGCUCCAGGAAGCCCUGGAGUACGAGUCCAAGCGGCGCGACCAAGCCGAGCAGACGCUGCAGCAGACGACGGCCAGCGAACACUCCCACACUCCAAACGAGCCUCCCGCUCCGGAAAUGGAGAGCGACCUGAGCAGGGACAGAACAGACGCCGACAGGACGAUACCAGAUGGACGGCUCUUUCUCAAGACCGCGGUCAUGUUCUGAAGAAAUGGAGCGAGAGAACAUGUAAAUCAGUGCGGAGACGCAGGAAGCAGAAGUGCGAAUAAUCACAAAAAAUCGAUUGUAUCAGAGGACUAGAGACAUUUCAAGGACCCCGAAGGGUCAGUGUCUACAAAUUACUUGCGAGGAGACUGUCACACGCAUUGGAAAUCAAUGCUUUCAUUGUGCCUCUCAGUGAAGCCGAGGCACCUUUUUCUUAUCACAGAAGCUAACACCAUGUGGACCUUCACAACAUUUUUUUCUAGGAUAUUUAAAAAAACCACACACACUUUACAGACCAUGGAAAAAAGAAAACAAACAAACAAAAAGAUUUCAGAGCUUCUCUUUUAUAGCCCUGCCAUGUUUAACUAUCUAUAAAGCACUAUUUCCAUCGAGGGGGUGGGGGGGAGGGGGGGGUCUGGUGUAUUGAGGUUUUUUUUUUUCAUCGUUUAUUGAAUAUCUACAUGACAUUUAAUGUGUUUUCGUGUAGCUGUCUUGUUAGUCCCCGAAAGAUUGUCUAUGUUCUUUUUGUUUUGUUUUUGUUUUUGUUUUCUGUCAUUAUUAUUAUUAUUAUUAUUAUUAUUAUUAUUAUUAUUAUUAUUAUUAUUAUAUGUUUGAUGAUUAUAUCAAAUAGCAGGUAUUCUCAAACGGAAAAAAAAGAAAACAAACAACAACAAAAAAAAAAACGUGUACAUAAAAGUGUAGAGAUAAUAUUGUGCAUUGUAUGUCGUAGCGCUGUUAGGAACUCAAUACAAACCUCUUUAAUGAAAUAUCUUGCAUCUAAGUUAUUAUUAUUAUUAUUAUUAUGAUUAUUAUGAUUAGGUCCAUAAUCCAUCGUCAUACCUGAUUAGGAGAGCAUGCUGGCAUGUCAUUACAUUUGUCGUGUCCGUCUGAUAUAUAUAUACAUAUAUAUAUAUAUAUAUAAUAAAAAUAUUUUUUCACCUGGUACAAAGCAGGUCACACCUUACCGACACGUUUCCGAUCCACACGUGCCCUUUGUUUUUCUUUAAUAACUAAUGCCCUUUGUCCAGGUUUGGAAAUUUCAUCAACAUUUGGCACCUAUACAGCGUCCCAGAGUGAUUAUUGUUUUUUUAAUGACAAGAUCUAUAAGUUUGGAAAUGUAUUAUAAAUCGCUUCGCCCCAGUUGCUUUUAUACACGUUUUUGAACAUCCUACAAAUGGAAGACCUGCACGAAAACCCUUUUUACUUCCCUGUGUUAAAGCGCCACGGCGCUCUGGCCUCCUAAAAUUCUCCAAAAGAGGAAAAAAUAAUGUAUUUGCUACAUGUUUCAGUGUUGAUUCGGUGCAUUUUGGUGAGAUGGUGUGGUUUCUCAAGGGGUUCUUUAGACGGUUGUGGGUCUCUCUCUCUUCUUAAGGAGGUCACACGGUGGUUCUUCCAGAGCUGCAGGACUCUUUAGGGUUAAGAGUACCUUCUACUUAACGCUGUUUCUACAGGAUCACGAACCACUUAAAAAUAUUCCCUUAACUUAUGUUACAGACUGCUUCUCAUUAUGUGUUAGCUGCUCCAUGUUGGCUUGAAAAAAUUGGGACAGGCUCAUCUUUUAUGCAAAGUAAUUAGUUAAAUUAAUAUACAGUUAGAUUU